GAAGUCACAGAGGAAACGCGCCGCACGUGUUUUAGCUGCAGAUUUUGAAGGUUACAGGAGAGGCAGCGGCUGGGAUUUCUGUCCGCAGCAGAGGGUCAGAGGAGCGGCGAGGGUUGCGGUUAGAGGCCGGGGCUGAGCAGCACGGAGACGGCGACAUGGACCCCAUGAAGGCGCAGCAGCUGGCGGCGGAGCUGGAGGUGGAGAUGAUGGCUGACAUGUACAACCGGAUGACAAAUGCCUGCCACAGGAAGUGCGUCCCGCCACACUACAAGGAAGCGGAGCUGACGAAGGGCGAGUCGGUGUGCCUGGACCGCUGCGUGGCCAAGUACCUGGACCUUCACGAGAGACUGGGACGUAAACUCACAGAGCUCUCUGUGCAGGAUGAGGAGAUGAUGAGGAAAGCGGCGGUGGGGAGCGGAUAGAGACUUUGAAGAAAACGACGUCUGUGUAGAGAAAUGCAAGAGUUUGGGCUGGGAUGUGUGGGAUCUAACAGACUCAUGUCUUAACAAGAGGGUGGGUAAAUAAAAAAAAAGUUAAGUUAAAGGUUUUGAGGGUCCAUUAAGAUGAGAUUCCUCCUCUUUUGCAUCAGAGGAUGACGCAAAAGGCAGCACUGAAGAAGUAAUGGAGGAAAGUGGUUCUCCACAAGCCUCUCUGGAUUUGGUUUCUUCAGAUUUGCCUGAAGACCUCACCUGCAGAGAACCGCCUGGGAAGAAGGACAUUUUACGUUCAGUUUUACGGCUAAUUUCCAGCUGUCUCUGGUCCAGAACCAUUCAAGCUACUGAGCUGUUACUGAUUAUGAAAUGAUCUCAGUCAGCCUUUCACAUUUUUUUUUUCUGUGUUUCAAAAAAAAAAGUAAACUCCUAAUAUUGCAUAAGGUCGCAGACAUAGCCGGUCCAAGAUAUAAGUAACUUUAGCUGGUGCCUAGAGCCUCCAGACCAGCAGGGGGCCCCUUGUGUAUACAAGUCUCAAAAUUUCAGAUUUGGAAACAUAUUUAUUAAGAAUAAGCUUACUUUUGUAUUUGGUUCCCAAAUUUUUGAAUAUUAAAUUGAAAAAAAAAUUUAAAUGUAAGGUAAGAUGUGAUUUAAAGAACUAACAAAUGUGGUAGAGAAAGAUGGUUAACAGUCAUGAUUUAAUGGACCUAACUUAAUUAUUUGUUUUGCUUACAUUUGAACUGGAUGUGUGUUUUUUUAUUUACACUUGACUACAAAUAAUUUUUAAUUUUUUUAACUUUCUUAUAAGCUCUCAGGCCCAUAUGUCCUGACUUUAGACGGUAUUAACAACCACACACCAGAUAUGACUGUCGACAGAAUAAAUAAGUCUGCGAACUAA